AUGGCAACUAUUACAGAAACCGCGACGGCCAUGGCGAGGCUAUCAUAUAAGCCAGAGGACAUUGCCACUCGCCUACUAAAUGGCACUCUGCACGCAAGCUAUCCACCAGUGGAGAAAUUUAUGACAAUUGAUGGUCUCCUCAAAUCUCACGCAGCACACCCAAAUGAAUCAGCAAAACCAUUGAUAUGCUAUCCUGUUCGAGGAGCUGCGGAUUUUGAGCAACAUACGGCUGGCGAUCUCGAUCGAUAUACCGAUCUCGCGGUUCGCUCUUACAUGGAGAAGGGAUUGGCUCCAGCGAACCCCAGUCUCGAGAAGGCACCAGUUAUUGCUUUGCUGGCUGGGUCAAGUUUUGAAGUUAUUCUCACCUUCUUUGCACUGAACCGACUUGGUUAUGCUGUCCUCUUUCUUUCCACUAGACUGACAGCUCCAGCAUAUGCUAGACUGCUAGGAAUGGCGGACUGCAACCGACUCAUUAUUGCCGAUAGAUAUCAGGAGACCGUGCAUGAGAUAUGCCAAGAUCGGUCGGGUUGUAGCAGCAUCCCCAUUGUGCGACGGGAAGAAUGGUUCAAUCGCCCUGCUAUGGUCCCUCAUUUCCAGCGGAAAAACGUGGAUCCAGCUAAGGAAAGCAAGAAAAUGGCCUGGAUUCUGCACUCUUCUGGAAGUACGGGAUUCCCGAAGCCGAUCUUCUUAACCAACUAUCAGUCAUUGGCCAAUUUCCGGAAGAGCUUCGGAUUGCGUCUAUUUAAUAUAAGUCCACUUUUCCAUUCACAUGCCUUGAUGGAGCUUGGAAGAGCUUUCUACACAAGAGCCACGGCAUACCUCGGAAACCACUCUCUCGCAAUCACAUAUCAGAACCUCAUCGACGCGUUGGAAGUCGCAAAGCCAGAACAGAUCAGUGCCGUGCCGUACGUCAUCAAACUAUUGGCAGAAAAGCAGGAAGGCAUCGAAGCUUUGGCUAAGCCCCAGCUUGUCCUCUAUGGAGGAUCUAGCUGUCCAGAUGAUUUGGGAGACAGGCUAGUCGCGCAAGGCGUCAACCUCGUUGCCAAUUACGGUGCAACGGAGACCGGUCAGAUCAUGACGUCCUUCCGACCUAAUGGCGAUACUGAAUGGCAGUAUAUGCGUCUCCAAGCCCCCGUUUCCAAUCAUACCUUGAUGGAUGAGUUAUCUCCUGGUGUAUUUGAGUGUGUUGCUUUGGACGGAUUACCAAGCAAGGGGCCAUCCAAUUCCAAGGCACCGUUCAGUGAAAAGAACCCUGAGAACAGCUUUCGCACAUCGGACCUGUUCACACGACACCCCGAUCCAAAGAAAAGCAAUUAUUAUAAAUACCUAAGUCGUCUGGAUGACAGAAUCACUCUCGUGAAUGGCGAAAAGGUACUUCCGAUUCCGAUCGAAGGUCGUGUUCGCGAGGAGGAGCUGGUGGGAGAAUGUGUCGUCUUUGGCUUUCAGCGAACCGUGCCAGGUGCUUUGAUCUUCCGUACCCCUGGGAAGGCUCUUCAUCUAAACAACGAGGAAUUCCUGGAGACCAUAUGGCCUGCUGUUGAGGCCGCCAAUGCUCGCGCGGAGACAUUCUCCCGCAUUCCAAAAGAAUUGGUGAUCAUCAAGGGGGCAGAAGUGACUUACCCAAGAACCGACAAAGGAACAUGCAUCCGAGCUCAGGUGUACCAGCAGUUUGAGGAAGAUAUCCAAGGAGCCUACCUCCGUUUCGAAGGUAGCGGAGAGGAGAAAGGAACGCUUGCGCUUAGUCUAUCUGAGUUAGAGGAUUGGCUCUUAUCUCGAUUCCGGGAUGACUUGAAUGUACAGCUUGACAAUGCUGAGACCGAUAUCUUCUCCACUGGAGUUGAUAGUCUUCAGACCACUCAGAUAUGGCGAUAUAUUGUUCGUGAUCUUGAUCUCGGGGACCAAGGAGACUCCCUAUCUCAAAAUAUCGUUUUUGAGAAGGGAACUGUCAGAGCGCUUGCUCAGCACCUAUAUCAAAUGCGAACCGGUCAAGAGUUUGACACGGAAGAUGAAUUGGAAGUCAUGCGAGAUAUGAUUGAGAGAUACUCAAACUUUACUCAUCACAUCCCGACUCUGCAGAAACAACCCGAAGCGGAAAUCGUGAUCGUGACGGGUGGAACAGGUAACCUGGGUGCAUUCAUCAUCGCUGAAUUACUCAAGCGACCGAAUGGCCCUGAGGUUUGGGCUCUUGUACGCGCGCCCGGUCAGGUAGCUGCAGGGGCUCGUCUGUCGAAAGCACUGGCAGAUCGCAACAUUUCUCUUUCCGAUGCCGAGUCUGCCAAACUCUACGCUGUACCGAGCGACUUAUCGCAAGCCAAUCUAGGCCUCGACAACCAUGUUAUUGAAUAUCUCCUCUCGUGCACGACGAGGAUUAUUCAUAGUGCUUGGGCAGUCAACUUCAACCUUGGAGUGCGAUCCUUCGAACACCAACAUAUUCGCGGCACUUACAACCUCAUUAACUUCUGUCUCCGAUCGAAAUUACCAGCGCCGGCCCAGUUCUUCUUCUGUUCAAGCGUGAGCGCAGCAAGCAGCACACCAAAGCCAGCGUCCAUCCGUGAACACAAAAUUGAAGACCUGUCGCACGCUCAGAAAAUGGGCUAUGGAAGAUCUAAGCUGCUGACUGAACACAUCACUCACAAUGCUAUGCGCAAGACUGGGAUGCAUGCCAGGGUAUUGAGAAUUGGUCAACUCGGCGGAGAUACCAAGAGUGCGAUGUGGAACGAGACUGAAGCUGUAGCUCUAAUGUUCCGGAGCGCUCUGACGACAGGCGCACUGCCUGCUUUGGAUGAGCGACCGAGUUGGCUUCCUGUGGACAAAUGUGCCGAAGCAAUCACUGAGAUCACGCUGAGCACCUCACCUCUGCAGGAAGUGGAUCUGGUCUAUCAUUUGGUUAACCCGCGUACAUUUAGUUGGAAGAAUGAUUUGCUUCCAGCUUUGAAGAAAGAAUCGGCGCUGGCUAAUUUCGAGAUCGUCACACCACAAGAGUGGCUGCAGAGAUUGGCCAGCAGUGAUCAGAACCCCGAGACUAACCCAAGUAUCAAACUCAUUGAUUUCUGGAAAUCGAAGUAUGGGGGUCAUGGAACGCAGCAGGCAGAGGAUGCUGGACUGGUGUUCGAGACACAAAGCACGAUACGCGAUUGUUCGAGCUUGGAUUUUGUUGAAAAUACGGUCUCCGAUGGCUUAAUUCACAGGUAUAUCUCGACCUGGAUGAAGCUUUGGCAGCAAUGA